AUGGAGGUGCCAUCACAGGUUCAAGAAGAAGUCCUGUCCACGUCCCCGGCUGAUAAGCCAAAACUUAUGCACGGUGGCAACUACAUCGCCGAAGGCCGCGACUCCAACAAAUCUACUUGGCUGCUAUUUUCUCCGCAGACACCUGACGAAGCAGGCUCAUUGGCAAAGUUCUUGAGCAUAUUUUCCACACAUGGAGUGAAUCUCAGUCAUAUUGAGUCCCGUUCUUCUGCGAGAAUACCUGGAUAUGAAUUUAUGGUAGAAUGUGAACAUGGCUCCGGAGACUUUGGUGGAGUCUUGGCAGACUUGAAACAGAACACUGGAUACCUAAAUAUAAUUUCUAGGAACUAUAAAGACAACCGAUCUGCGGUACCAUGGUUCCCACGCCGUAUUCGUGAUUUAGAUAGGUUUGCGAACCAGAUCCUCUCUUACGGGUCGGAGCUUGAUGCCGACCACCCUGGCUUUACUGAUCCCGAAUACAGAGCUAGAAGGAAAUACUUUGCAGAUAUUGCAUACAAUUAUAGACACGGUCAACCAUUGCCACACGUUGAUUAUACUAAAGAAGAGAUCUCUACUUGGGGCGUUGUGUUCCGAAAGCUUACCGAAUUGUAUCCGACUCACGCGUGUAAAGAGCAUAAUCACGUUUUCCCACUUUUAAUUGAAAAUUGUGGAUAUAGGGAGGAUAAUAUCCCACAACUUGAAGACGUCUCUAACUUCCUUAAAGAUUGUACAGGAUUUACCCUUCGGCCAGUAGCAGGAUUGUUAUCUUCUAGAGAUUUCCUCGCUGGUCUCGCCUUCCGAGUUUUUCACAGCACGCAGUACAUUAGACAUCAUUCGCGCCCUCUGUACACCCCCGAACCAGACGUGUGCCACGAGCUACUAGGACAUGCGCCGUUAUUCGCUGAUCCCGCUUUUGCUCAAUUUUCACAAGAAAUUGGACUUGCAUCGUUAGGAGCUCCUGAUGAUUUUAUUGAAAAGCUAGCCACAUGUUUCUGGUUCACCGUUGAGUUUGGUUUGUGCCGACAAGAGGGAAAGCUAAAGGCGUUCGGUGCUGGAUUAUUAUCUUCAUUUGGUGAACUACAGUAUUGUCUUUCCGACAAGCCUGAGUUAAGGGAUUUCGAACCUGAAAUCACAGGAAACCAAAAGUAUCCUAUAACCGAGUACCAACCAAUAUACUUCGUCGCAAAUAGUUUUGAGAGUGCCAAAGACAAAUUGAUUAAAUUUGCUCAAACCAUACCUCGUGACUUCGGCGUUAGAUAUAAUGCGUAUACGCAAAGUAUAGAUAUUCUGGACUCACCUCGACAGAUGAGGGACCUUCUUAAGCAAUUGCACCAAGAAAUAGCGUUGCUGGUCAGCACGAUGGACAAAUUG